UAUGGCUCGAGACAUUAUGCGCUAUAUUUUUUUCGAUGUUGUAUUAUGGCGAAUAUAGGUACUCAUAUAGAUUUUUCGUAACGUUAAACUCAAUAUGGAAAAAAAUUCCCUGAUACGCAUGGGACAGAUGCUGCUCCAAAGCUUUCUUCUUUGCUUUCGGCAUGUUUCUCACGGACCUCUUUUAUCAAUCUUUUGCGCCGCGAAAUCACUAAAACCAGAAGCAGUGGUCGUCGGGUGGCAAUGAUGGAUUAACCUAGUUUUGAUUUUUGUAUGAUUUGACACUGCAAUCGGGAUGAUGCUGUUUUUGCACGCCCUUUUUUUGUGUUAAUGUUGUUGACCUCGAAGAAAUCAGAUAGAAGCUCCCCUUGAACCGGAGGAUAAUACUGCAGAAUAAUCCAGUGAACGAGUUUCACGAUGCAAGUCUCCCAGAGAAAUCCGGCAGCCCCGUCUACGCUAAGACGGAACGUUCUAGGAAGAUGCUUGUUUCCUCGCUUAAGAAACAUGCUCCUCUUGUACUCGAGCUGCUUCGCUGCAAGAGCGGUUGAUCAACGCGGGAAAAGGAACACUUUGCAGCAGGAACCGCACGUCCCGCCGGCGAAGCCCCACUUUCUAGGCGAUUUAAGUGCGACAGAACCGGGUAUCAUUUUGGCAGCAAGUCGGACACAGUCUCUCAACCAAAGUGACGGCAUCUUGAGUUUUUUGAAUGCAGCCGAUGCUGCUGUAUUUCUUCAGAGCAGCAGGUCGCACUCCCAGAAAGAUCCUUCUGGCGCUGGUGCGAAACUAGCGACUGCGGUGCGCGAACAGCACGACAAGGAUACUGCGCUCGCAAGACGCACCGAAAACUGCGAGGAGCUAUUUCUCGAAGUUCUGCGCGAAAAGGUUGGUGACAAAAGACCGGCAGAUUACUGGAAUGCGGAAAUAGAUGGUGGAUGCGAUUACGUGAAAUAUUUUCAGAGCCAAGUGCAAAGAAAGCCUGUACAGACUGGGGACCAGCAGCAGCUGCCGCCAUCCAAAAUGGAAUGGAGCGUACUUCAUAUACGUUUUUGAAUCUAUGACUUCGCAUACGCUAGUACCCGUUCUUCUUCCAGACAUCUUGAUCAGUAGACGUAGAAACAAGAAUGGCUUUGCGAGUGACUCUGUUUCAUCAAUGGGCAAUGCUAAUUCUUGCGGUCUGUUUUAUCAAAGUCUGUCUCUGUCAUUCUUUUCUACAGGUCCUCUUUCUGAUGGCGAUGGCAGUAAAAACAUGCGACCCUCCGUCAGAAGUUGCGGAGAGCAUGCUGCCGAAUUAUCAUCCAUGGGGAUACGCUGAUAUAUACCGCCCGGAAACUUUGCGUCGCGGGUGUCAGGAGAGCGAUCGGGCAUUCUUUCGUGAGGUUCUGAACUUUUUCCACGAGGAUGCGCCCGCUAAGGGUGCAUGCAGGUAUCGGAAAAGUUCGUCGUGCAAACAAGUCACGAGCAGGCGACUGGUGGUGUGGAACCCACCCGGUACUGUUUUGACAAAGGGGCGGAUAUCUGGAUGGGGUCGACUGCAGCCAAAAAGCAUCGCGACGAGCAGACAUUACGAAAAAUUUGACGGUAGAUGCCGUCUAGCGAUGGCAACGGAGUUGUUGUUUCAGAAGCAUAGCAAAAUCUACGGGAGCCGCGCACAAUAUCACGCCAAGCACGGUACCAAAUUUUUGUGAACUUGAUGCUGCGGUAAGUGUAGCUCAAUUUUUCUUGGAGACGUACAGAGUUUUUGUCCUCGACGAGGCGGAUGAUGUUUGAUGAUUUUGAAAAACGCUAACUUGGGCUCGUACUCCACCUUUCAUCAGGUUACUGUCUGAACCACGAGUACAUAUUCGACGCGCUGCCAGGCGAUAUCGAGUCGUAUUAUAACUUUGAAGAUCCGAUUGACAGAAAUUGGCAUCCGCUAUUUCGUCGAAUCUACCACAAGGUAAUCACAGUACCUCCUCGGCUGCUUAGUCAGAUGUAUCCCAUGAAUGGUGCGGUUUGUGUGUCUGCGACUGCGUGAUCUCCAUCUUGCAUACACAAAUAUAGGGAGCCGCGCGGGGAGAGCGUACUACAACCGGUCCCUAUAAUUGAUUUGUCUUGCAGAAUGCCAAGAACAAGAGCGCCGCGCAUAUCCUUUGGCAACCAUUUUAGUUUCAAGCAAUCGAUAGCAUUGCGUACUGAUUAGAGCGAUGGCGUGCAGUUUGGCCUUGAGAAAACACACCUGGAAAUGCAUUACGAAGCUGAUGCUGUUACCGAGUGAAGUAUUGUGUUUUCAUGUUGAUACACCGUUUCGGAAAUUUGCCGACAAAUGGCGCCGACAAUCUGACGGCACCUCGCCGCUUUGGUCCUACAACCAGUUUCAAUAUGAGUGGAGGCGCGCACAUGGAGAGCGUGACGGCAGUGCCGGAUUCCCUGAAAUGCCGUCUCCUGCGUGGUUAGCGAAAAAAUUUCUGAUCGCGAAUGCAGCACGACCUACCCAAAAGCGGAACAGCCUCACGUCGUGAAGUGCAGCGAAAGCUCGAUCAUAGAAUCGACAUGAUUGUUGGCGCACGUUUUCUGUGCGGCGCGCAUAUGCGGGUCCAUUUUGCAAGAAGCGCUAGCACUUCUACAUGCUCUUGUAGCUGCAGCCACGUUCCUGUUUCAACUUCGGACGAAACGACGCCGGUCUCUUUUCGGCAGAAUUGCUGGGGGAUAUGAUAUGACCAUACCUUCUUGGAUUGGAUGAGAGGUGGAUGCGCUUCCGAGCGAAUGCUCUGCUGUCUGCCCGUUGAAGCUAGCAGCGACCCUUGAUUAUUGUAUACAAGAUACUCCGCAAGAUGUACUAUUUUUACGAUGUUUUUUUUCCAAAGGCGCAUAGCAGUACUCGUUUUGAUUGAAUGAUACAUGAUGUUUGAUAUUGUUGUAAGAUGACUGAAGCCAUUUCCGUGGCGUCCGCGUCGACGGAAAGGGGAAAGAAAAAACUGUGUUAGUGUAGGUGAAGCCAUUUCCGUGGCGUCCGCGUCGACGGCGUCGUAACUCUAGACCGCACUCUUGACACAGCGAUCAGACACGUGCUAUUUCGAAUUUCACUGUAAUAAAUAUGUAGAAUUUGUUUUUAACAAGAUUUGAAUUACUUCAUGUUGAUGGACAAGACAAAAGGCGAGGGUGCCACAUAGAUACGCACCGUCUCGAAGAUGAGACACUACUUGUAAAAUCCGAAUCCCUUUUGUAAGUCCUUACCUCGAAGCCCAGAAUCCAAAUUGCGGCAGGGGCCGCUACUUCGAAGUAGUACAGUACGUAGCAUUUUUGUCCCGUUUGAAAUGCAAUGGAAAGUUGCAGCACAGCUACCGGGAACUUUCGCGAAUACUUUCAACAUCGGUAACUGCAUGUAGUACAAAUGAAAGCUAACAGGUUC